CUGAGACCGUUAACAAUCCGAUGACUGUGAUUGUCAGUCAAAAUCGAAGGUGACAUGACUCGCUGCUCGUCUCUCCACUGGGCACGAAAAUACACAGGAAAUGACAAUCAAAGGUCCUCUUGCUGUUUUGUUCUUUUUGCUGAUGGCUGCGGUCAGUGCUACAGAAGACAGCGGCUCAUGUUAUGGAAUAAGCCCUGGCACUAUAGUGGGUAUUAUAUUUGCUGAUGUUGCCCUGACGGUCCUGGUUGUUAGUACCACAUACUGGUAUGCCAGCAAACGCAGACAAAAGAGGGAAAACGCUGAUGAAGUCUACAUGAAUGUCAGAGCAAACUGCAAAUCAUGAAGAUCUUUGGAAGACUGACAUGAACAAUUCAUUCAAUAAGAUUUUUUUCUGACAUGAUGUAAUUAAAUAUGAGGUUAAUAUCAUUUAUGCCAUGUAAAUAAGAGAUAGUGUAUUAUGCAAUGUUUAUGUCAUGAACAAAUCAGCAUGGGUAUUUAUGUAAUUUCAAACCUGUAUAAAUGACUUUGUUCCGAUGAAUAUAAAGAUAUUUGGAAGAAUGUUAGAAAUUUUCAGUUCAACAUUGUUGAACAUUCAGUUCGGGACAUUGUUGACUACCAUAGUAGGAAGAAUUAAAUCGUAGUCAAUGGUGCCUGAGAACUCUUUGUUUUCCUAAAUUCUUCAAAAUAUCUCAUUAUGUGUUCAACAGAACAAAAAAAUACAAUCUUUUUUUCCUACUAUGGUAGUGGAUGAAGUCCCAGAACUGAAAAUUGCUAACAUUCUUCCAAAUAUCUUUCUCUGUGUUCAUUGGAACAAUGACAUUUAUACAGGUUUGAAACAACUUGCGGGUGAGUAAAUGAUGACAGAUUUUUCAUUUUUGGAUGAACUAUCCCUUUUAGCAUAAAAUGAAAGGAUCAGAACUAGCAAACCAUUCAAUGCCUUAACAGCAAUAAAUAUAUAACCUUGCCUUUUUGUGGCUAAUUUAGGUGCCAUCUUUUUAUCCUACUGAGGUGAGUUUUUUUCUUGGGAGAUUAUAAGAAACCUUUGUUCUUCUAUUUUUGUAAAAAAAAAUGUUGUGGGUCCUUGUCAGAACAAGACUCUAUAUAGACCCCUUAUUUCACACAUGUCUAGAACAGAUUUAUUAGAUAAGGAAGUCUAUACUUUAAUCUGUAUCUGCCUCAUCCUUUUAGCACAAGCCAUUGAUAACAUUUGGCUUUAAGUUUCUAUAUUGCAUGUGUUUAGUGCAGUGCUGGAAAUGGCCGAAAUUCUGGACAGACUCUAGUCUGGACAUAGUUUCUAAUAUUAAACCACACAGGCCAUAACGUUGAUAAAAGAUAGAAAUCCUGUACUUUGCUUUGUGGAACUCCCCCUUAAAGUUCUUAAAAUUCACAGGUUAGACUGUAGACUGUAACAUUUACAGCCCUGGAAAAUGCAGAUAUAUAUAUGCAGUUUGACAAUUGUGUUAUCUAAUGAUCUUAUACUGUUGCAGUCAAUUCUCUUCUUAUCUGAUAACUGACCACAAGAAGAGACUGUUUCUGGCUGCUGAUCUGCCUCAUCUCUUUUAUGUGCCUAUAAGUGUUGGCAAAGACAAAAGCCAUUAACAAAACUUGGCUUCUGUCAUUGGUGUGUUUGUGUCUUUGUACAUCUGUGUUGUUAUGUUGCUAUUGUGACCAAUGAGUGUAGUGAGUGCUCUGGAAUCUCCUGGAAAUUCCUUGGUCCAAAACAAGCACAGGACUGUGACUCUUUACAUAAAAAGAAGAACAACAAAGAAAAGACUCCGCACAAGGGAAUUUUUACCACAUAAAUGACUUCUUUAGUUAUAUGCAGACUCACACGGAAUCUACAUACUGUUUCUUUUAUGCCAUUGCAAUAAAGAAUAUCACACUUCUGUA